GGAAGGUGGACUUUCGAGCUGGUGUCUUUGGCUCCCGUGCGGCGACUGUGAGCGAGGCCUGAUUCUAAGAUGGGUGAUAUUGAGAAGGGCAAAAAGAUUUUUGUCCAGAAGUGUGCUCAGUGCCAUACCGUGGAGAAAGUAGGCAAGCACAAGACUAGGCCCAAUCUCCAUGGUCUGUUUGGGCAGAAGUCGGGUCAGGCACCUGGAUUCUCUUAUACUGAUGCUAACAAGAACAAAGGCAUCACCUGGGGAGAGGACACGCUGAUGGAGUAUUUGGAGAACCCCAAGAAGUACAUCCCUGGAACAAAAAUGAUCUUCACUGGCAUUAAGAAGAAGACCGAGAGGGCAGAGUUGAUAGCUUACCUCAAAAAGGCUACUAAUGAGUAAUAGUUGGCACCGCCUUAUUUAUUACAAAAAUGUCUCAUGACUUUUUUAUGUGUACCAUAUUUAAUUCCAUCUCAUUUAUCAGAAUUCAGAUCAUGAGUGGCUGGUGUAGCUUAUUUUUUGUUGGACAGCCCAGAUUUAAAUAAGAUUGGCUUGUGUUUAAAUGACUUAUCAGCUUUUUGAAUUUUGAUAAUUCCAGGUCAGCAAGUGCAAAUCACUUUGCUCCUUCUAAA